AAAUAUUAAUAACAAAUUUUUGAACACUUUUAAUAAGAAUAAAUUAUGGGUACAUCUAACCCUGAAUCGACAGAGCUGAACUCUAUCCACAGUCGUGAGAUUAAUUUGACUUUGCCCGAUGUGAAGCGUAUAACAGAUGUACGUCAAUUUAUGGCCGAAUCGAAGAAUUUCAAUGGCAGAGUAGAGAAGCUGAUGGAAUUCAUUGUUGGCCAGGAGAAACAGUGUCAGGAUGUAAUUAAACUGCUUAAAGACCAAGUGCAACAGAAGAUGCAUGCUUUGCAUCAUUUGAAGGAGGAUAUGUUGGAGCUGCAGCGUCAACUAAAUAUGCCAGAUGCCGCUAAGCAAUGUAAAAAGUUAAUGGUCAAGUUAACCGAUGAAACUGAGAUAAAUGAAUGUGAUGUGGCAGAGGCUCUAGCACGUUUCAGUCUUAAGAUGAGUUCACUGUACUGUGCAAUAUUGGAACUCGACAGCGAUGUGGACUAUGCGAACUAUUUGGCCAAUGUUGCCAAUGUCAACAAAGAGUUUGUUCAAAACUGGCUCAAAAGCGAGAAGCUUAACAAGUCCAAAAUAUCAACAAUCAGGAUUUAAACUCGGCGAAUGUCAAAAAUGGCACUAUCAUUAUAUAUUAUUUUAGUUAUCUGUUUGUGUUAUUUGUUUUAAAAUACAAAAAGAAACAACAUACAAAUUGGGUGGGGGCUACGGUGGCUCCUUAAGUACUAGCAUCGCCUAUUAAAUUUUUAGUUACGCAAAAUAAAAUUGUUUUUGGGUUGCGCAGAGUUCUCUUGGAAUUAUGUUCAAAACUCAACCGA